CUGUAUCGUAUGCUGCAUAUGCACGCGCUAGCGAAGUUCGAGUUUCGCCUUAUUUUUCAUUGUGCCUAUACCUCACAGGUUCAAACACUGUUCGGAAGAAUGGCGGACACCACGAAGAAGUCGCAUCGUAAGACAGGAAGCACUGAGUCGAAACCUCGUAAAACGGAAAGUACUAUAUCGCCAACUAGAGCCGACGAACCUGCUGCAUCCAGGAAGACUUCACCCGAACCGAAUGCAUCUGACGGGAAGGGUUACAGGGCCGACAUGCCCAAGCACGAGAAGGUCACCGCAAUCAGCAAAAAAUCUGCAAGGGAGAGAACAGAUCGUACAGGAACGAAAGACGUUACGAACGUUUCUAAAAGAAGACACUCUCUGAAGAGUAAGGAAUCGGCGCUGACACCUCCUGGCCCGACUAUCCAGGCGGACAAGCCUGCGACAGUAGUUACGGUACCUAAGUCGGCUACAGGGAUGGCAACACGCAUGAACAUCUUCUCCAAUAUAAUCGAUCGCUUGAACAAGAAGCGUUCAAGGAAGGAAUUCCAGCAGGAGAAUCAGGAGUUCGCGACGAAACCCGAGGCGCACGAUAAGGAACAGAGAAAGGCAGAUGAACACCAGGGCGCUAAAGGAAAAGUACCAAAGUCAUCUAGCGAAGACUCUCAGAAAAAGGCAUCGAAACACGGCACAUCACUGCUGGUCCCGGUGGCCGUGGUCUCCGCCCUGCUCCUGAUUCUCGCAUUUUGCGGAUGGCAUGUCUACAAGCAUUACAAGGAGAAGGCCAGUGAAAAGAAGAUGAUACAGUGCGCAACCUCAGAAUGUAAAAGAAUCACACAAGAAAUUGACAAUCUACUGGGUAAAAACAUUCAUCCAUGCGAUGAUUUUUACGGCUACGUUUGCAGUAAAUGGAUAACAGCGCCACACGGAGAUGCGGCCGUCGCGGGUUUUGUGUAUGAUGUGUUCGACACCUACGACCGCACCGUUGCAGAAGGUCUCCAAUCUCCCGAGAGUAUGGUGCCGGACAGGUACGGCUUGCACGUCAUGGCGACGAUAUUUAAGGCAUGCUCCACUUACAUGGCCAGUGACCAGGGCACAUACGGAGAUGCAGUACGGGAAGUCGUCGAUCUCCUAAACCUUACCGCCCUGCACCAUCACCCAUUGGUAUUCGAGUUCCUUCUUCAAACGUCUCUGAAGCUUAACAUUCACUCCGUGUUCAUUGUACGGUUCCGUCGCAGCGGCAAACUCAAGUACUUGGAAUUUGACCUCGGACAAUCGAUACACUCGAAAGCCUUUGCGGGCGUGACGGACAUGGCACCAGACACUGGAAAGAAUACGAUAUUCCGCCCGAGAAUCGAAACCAUGAUAUCGAAUGUGCUCCGUGAUGCUCGAAUCAACAGUAGCAUCAAGCCCGACAGUAUAUUACACGCAGAUGUCACCGUUCACAAGCUCAUCACUGGAAACGCUUCGAAACAGGUGACGACCUACAGCGAAAUGACCCAACUGACUGCUCUCGGCACUCCACAAAGCCUUAUAGAGACGGUAAAUAAUAAUGUCCCGCCCGAGUUUAGAGUAGGAGUCAGCAGCCCAGUCCGAGUCGUUGGCCUCAAGACACUGCUGAAAGUGUACGCAUUUCUGUCUAAUCCCGCCUAUGGCAUUCACGACUUAUACCACAUCGUAAACCUUGCUUCCGGCCUCCUCAUAUACACGGCAUACAAGGACCUCGCUAAGAAAAACGCUGCUCUGAUUCCUUUCAUGUGCUUUCGAGCUACGAGGAUAGCCCUCACUAAUACCUGGCCGUCUGUGGUAGCACGGCUGGUCGGUGACUUAAGUAGCGGUACGGCGGCUCAGGAACUUGCCACACGCAUGAAGGCUAUGGUGAUGGACCAAUCUGUCUUCCAGGAGUUCGACGCCAUUUUGCGCGCGAGUGCAAGAGACACAUUGGAAAACACCACCGUGUACACCUACGAUGGUACAGAAUUGUCGAUACUGGACGAAGACACAAACUACACCUCUUGGAAACUGGAGGGUGGCCAGCUGUUCCAGGUCCUUGUCGAAGCGGGUGAAAAAGAACGAAUUCUCCUGUUCAAGACCUAUUCAAUGGAAGGCGUCGUCGGAGCAAGCAAGAAUCAGUUGAUGAAAGUAUUGGAGUACGACGUAAUCAGGACCUACCUGACGGUACCCACGGCAUAUCAAAUUCCUCCUCUAUUCUACCACAAAGAGAGAAAGGAGAUCCCCUAUUACAUCAACACCGCCACACUCGGGGCCUGGAUCACAAAAGAAAUGGUGCGCGCAAUGACGACGCCGUUUAAAACUUCGGCCAAAUCGACGAAGCGACUCGAAGAGAGUCUAGCGUGCGUGAAGAAAGUUGGAUCAUCUCAAGGAUUGCGCUUGGAUGCCAUCACUGGAGACGAUCUGUGGGACAGCGAAACAGUCCUGUGGUACUACGCGUUUCGCAUCGUCUACGAGAAACUCAAGCGUCAAGUGGUCAACGCAGGUGUCUCUGAGAGCAGCGACGUUUGGAAGGAAGCUCAACACUACCUCUUCAUUCGCUUCUGUAUGCUGGCAUGCACGCCUAGAGACAGACAGUCUUCCAAGAAACUGCCGCAGAGCUUCAGAGAACGUUGCCUCGUUCCAGUUUUGAGCAACGCGGACUUUGCGCCUCAUUUCGGUUGUACUGACAGCCAUGCGCUCAAAAUUCCCAAGUGUGUUUCCGAACCGAAGUAAUGUCCAAGAACGGACGAUUGUGUAUAAUAAUGUGGUGCCAUAUGACUCCAGAACACGUAUACCGUCAGUGGGAUUGUUUAAUCGAUAGUACUGGCGAAUAAUCUUAUCGUCACAAAAAGCAAGGACAAACGACAAUUAAAUAUUACUAUUGCAAAAGUUUCA